AGAUGGGGCGAGGGCGCGCACCAUGCUGUGAGAAGAUUGGGCUGAACAAAGGCACAUGGACGGAAGAAGAGGACAUGAAGCUGAUAGCUUACAUCCACAAGUACGGGCACCAGAACUGGCGUGCGCUCCCCAAGCUUGCUGGUCUGCUGCGAUGCGGAAAGAGCUGCCGCUUGAGGUGGACUAACUACCUUCGCCCCGACAUCAAGCGAGGCAACUUCACCAAGGACGAAGAGGACACCAUCAUCAAGCUGCACGCUUUGCUAGGGAACAAGUGGUCCAAGAUCGCGUCCUUCCUUCCCGGGCGGACCGACAACGAGAUCAAGAACGUGUGGAACACGCACCUGAAGAAGCGUGCGGCGUCGGGAGAGCAGCAGCCGGUGACGAACGGCGCGUCCACGUCGACGGGCGAUCGAAUGGCCGGCGCGAUCGAGAUCCCCGUCGACCCGACCGUCGACAUGUUCGUCAUCUUAGACGAUGCUCUUUCGACGUCGAUGCAGAGCAACGAGAUGGAGGACAGCGUGUUCCUGGAAACGUUGGGCGUCCGACAGGAUUCCCUUUGGACGUCGCCGCAGAAGCAAUCCCGCGGCUCGGUGGCAUCGGUGGGCACCGACGGUCCGUCGAUACCUGACGUGAGGCAGCCGGAGGCAUGCGAAGAAGCCGAUGGCACGAGAAGAGAUGGGCAGAGGGAAGAGUGGUUGGAUUACUUGGAGAAGGAGCUCGGACUGAGGGACGAAGGGGAGGCAUGGGAUCGCUGGGAUGAGAUGGAGGGUGAUUUGGUGGCCACUUUUCUUCAGGAUGAUAUCUUCUCUCCAUACGAUUAG